AUGAGAGAUCUCAGCGAAAUUCAAUUGUCUCCCUAUUCAGUGAAUCUUCCAUUACUGGUUUAUCUUCCAUUACUGGUUUUGCUUCUAUUUCCUUCUCUUCACGUGUCAAAAGUGGAGAAGAAAGGGAAUAUGCAAUUUAGUUAUGGAGUUGAUGUUAUCGGUUUUUCUUCUUCUCAGUUUCUGGGUCAUAAUCAUAUGGCUUUUCUUUGUCUAGGGAUGGAUUCGGGAAAGUCUCAGUCCAUAGAAUCAAAGUUUUUUCUCACAAACCACUCUGUUUUGGUGUUGGUUAGUGAGUGGCAUCGUUCUCCAUUAAUGGAGACGCAAUAUCUUUUGUUCGUCCUAAUGGGUGGUUUUUCUAAAAUCAUCCAGGCCGAACAUGUUAUCUCCAUGAAGGGUUGUGUGACUCUCCAUGAUGCUCGCCAUUCCGGAUACCAAUCCGGUGAAGGGAUUGCAUACAAAGUCCAACGAGUGUUUUGGUGCAUUGGUCGGCGAAUCUGGGAUCCUGGAAAAUCAGUUUUAUGGAGGAAGUUACAUAAUGAGAAGAUGAUGUUCAACCACUUAUGGCCAUUGGAGUAUGAUGGGCAAGACUUCAACAGCAAGACUUCAACACCAAAGGUAGAAGAUGGAUUUUCACAAAUGCAGUAUCUACUAAAGUUUAUAUUUUGA